UCUCAGUCUGGCCAAGUUGGUUGGAAAAUGAAUAUACAAGGCAUUGACUAGAGAAUUUUGCAGGAAAACCGAAGGUGAAAGCAAAGGAUUACAAUGAUGCACAAUUUCUUGUGCGAGAAGAUGUCCACGAAGCAGAGAAUUACAAAGAUAAUUUCAUAGCUCCGGUGGAUGGCCGGGACAAAGAGAAAUUCUGAUAUACGGCAAGCGCUUUGGCAAGUUGGUAGGAGAUUGAAUGUACCAAGCAAUAGAAACCCACUACAUCUGUACAUGCAAGGGUGAAUUUUGAAUUGAGAGGAUUUAGGGGGAGCAACACAACUAAUUGAUCUUGUAGCCUCCUCUCUCUGAUAAGAAGCAGUUUCCGAAUUUGUAGAAGAGGGAGACCUCAACUAUUCUUUUCUUUUGGUUGGCGCGCGCACGCUCAUGAAAUGGCUGGGUCUUUUGUGACAUUAUUCCAAUGGAGGCUGAACUCUGUUCUACUGCAAGAGAACGAAAUUCUUUUGGCUGUGAAGGAUCAAAUCCUGUCACUCGUUAACAAACUUGAUGAGGUUGGAGGCUUUGUGGGACAUCCUGCUUUUUGGACGCUGCAUGCUCGUGAAAUGGCGGAGUCUUUUCUGAAACUAUCCAAACCAAAGCUGACAAAGAAAGGAAAGGAUCAAAUGCUGUCACUCAUUAGGAAACUGGAUGAGGCUACCAGAGUUGCAGGAGAUGUGGAGAGAAUAAGGGCAUGCUGCCAAACUUGGGUGAGGGAGUUAAGGCUAAUGCUCCAUGAGGCAGAGGAUUGCGUUGACAAUUUCAUAAUUAAGGUGUAUGGGCAAACCGGGCAGGAUCAGAAAGAGUCGAUUGCUGAAUUUGCAAGUGAACUUGAGAAUAUCAACUCGCGAGUCUCAGAAAUCAUGAACAGAAGGCCUCGACUUGGGGCCUCCCCUAUCUUAGAAGAGAUUCAACAAUUCCUCAGAUCGAGGUUUUCUUUUGAUGAGGAAACUGCUCUUGCCUCUUUCAUGUUAAAUUACAUAAAUCUACCCUAUGACCUUAAACUCUCUUUGCUAUUCUGCUGUGCCUUUCCUGGUUACUAUCGAACAACAAAAGGUGAAUUAAUUCGAGUUCUGGUAGCAGCAGGUUUAAUACAAGAAAAACCUGGAGAACUGAUGGAGGACAAAGCCCACGAAAAUAUAGAAAGGUUGGUGGACCUGGGAAUGCUUGAAGAAGAUCAAACUGUGGGGGAUUGUUUUGAAGUUCCGAAUCCAUACUAUGAGUUAUCUCUGAGUGUGAUGAAUGCAGAAGAAUUUUUUAUAUCCACUGCAAAUUCAGAUUCUAUUAAACCUCCAACUGCUCGUCAUGUAUCAAUUCAUGAUGCAGAAAACACCAUCACAAACAUGAACAGUCUCCUACAUUCACUGUUUGUUUCUGCAAAGGAUGGCCUUUCAAAGGCCAGCUCGGAUUGUUUGGAAACUGUGUUGUACAAUGCAAAACGUGUGCAAGUGUUGGACUUAGAAAAUACACAACUCAAGAAUUGUCUGAUGAAGUAGGGAAAUUGGUGAACCUAAGGUAUCUGGGUGUGAGGCAUUCCGAAAUAAAUGAGCUUCCUGAGAGCAUCAGCAAUCUUCGGAACCUACAAACCUUGGAUAUCUCCUGGUCUGGGAAUGAAUUUGAGCUGUCAAAUGGAGUUUUGAAUCUUGCACAACUGAGGCACCUGAAGAUGUGCCGGAGUGUGAAUGAUGGUGAGGUUAGAGUUCCACCAGGUAUCUCAAGACUCAGAAACCUCCAGACUCUAGAAGGUAUAUACGCAGGUGGUGGCAUUGCCAAGGAGUUAGGCAACAUGACACAACUCAGAUCACUCGAAGUGAGAUGUCUUUCAGAUGAUCAUGCAGGUGAGCUAUAUGCCUCUAUCAUGAAGCUAACUGGGCUUUGCACCUUGUCUCUUACUGUUGAGAUGAAUGGGAUUGCAGACGACUCCAGCGACUCAGAUGAUAACGGAUAUUCACUUUUCCCCUGCUUGGAGACAUUCUCACCUCCGCCACUACUUCAAACACUUCAGCUAGAAGGGUGUUUAACAGAGAUGCCUCUUUGGCUUGGCUCAAUGGAGAACCUCACCAAGUUAUAUCUGUGCUGGUCUCAUCUUUCUGAGAACCCAACUACCAUUUUGCAAUUCCUUCCCGAUCUGAAAUAUCUUCUAAUGGAGCGUGCUUACAAAGGGAAGCGUAUGGAAAUAGAGUUCUUCAGAGCUGGAGGAUUCCCUAAAUUGGAGUAUCUCACCAUUGCUUCUGAUGAUCUGGUGGAAUGGACAGAGAUUGAAGAGGGGGCACUGCCUUCCUUAAAACAACUCUGUUUUUCCAACUGCAUGAGACUGAUGGUUCUGCCUGAAGGACUGCAACAUGUAACCACACUCCAAAUAUUGGAUUUGUGGAAUGUGCACGAGGAUCUUAUUCGGAGGUUGAGCCCCAAUGGAGGUCCAGAGAAUUAUAAGAUCAAACACAUUCCAGUAGUAAAAUAUCUUGGGCAAAUGAUGUCACAGGGGUUUUGGACCCAAUGACAAAUUUUAUGAGUUUUAUCAAGUUAUAAUGAUGUUCAGGAUUCAAUCUCAUGGAGAAGUUGCUUCAAAUAAGUAUAAAAAAUAAAUCUAAAUUGUGUAUGGUUA